AUGGGCUACAAUAUUGCUAUGGUGACAGACUUCUUCUACCCUCAACCGGGUGGAGUGGAGUUCCAUGUUUACCAUUUGUCACAAAAGCUCAUUGAUCUUGGCCAUUCUGUGGUGAUUGUUACUCAUUCCUAUGGUAAUCGGAAUGGGAUUCGGACCCUUGCAAAUGGACUUAAAGUGUACUACGUGCCGUUCUUUUCUCUCUACCGAAGCUCAGCGUCGCCCACGGUGUUUCUGGCGCUCCCAAUAUUAAGAAACAUCUUCAUUCGUGAAGACAUUGAAAUUGUUCAUGGUCAUGGAUCACUCUCAAGUUUAUGUCAUGAAGCCAUCCUUCAUGGUCGAACCAUGGGGCUUAAAACGGUGUUUACCGACCAUUCCCUUUUCGGGUUUGCCAGUGUUUCGGCCAUCAUGGGUAAUAAAAUUCUUAAAUUCACCUUGAGUGAUAUCGGUCAUGUCAUAUGUGUUUCGAACACGUGCAAGGAAAACACCGUAUUAAGAGCGUCUAUAGAUCCAUUAUCAGUAUCCGUGAUCCCUAAUGCUGUCAUUUCCAAGGACUUUACCCCUGCAGUCGAAAAGUUAUCAACAUCAACCAUAACAAUUGUGGCAAUUUCUCGACUUUUCCCCAACAAGGGAGCCGAUCUUUUAACAGCACUUGUGCCUCGAGUGUGCAAGGCAAAGCCCAACGUUAACUUCCUUAUAGCUGGUGAUGGACCCAAGUAUCUAGACUUGGUUCAAAUGAGAGAGAAGCAUUUCCUUCAGGAUAGAGUCACCUUGAUGGGGGCUAUCAAACAUGAAGAAGUUCGAGAUGUGAUGGUUAAGGGCCAUAUCUUCUUACACCCAUCCCUCACUGAAGCCUUUGGUACCGUCAUUGUUGAGGCUGCAUCAUGUGGAUUAUACGUGGUGACUACGAAAGUUGGUGGAAUUCCUGAAGUUCUUCCGAAUCAUAUGAUCAGUUUUUCAGAACCCGAGGCAGAUGUAUUGACUGAAUCUACCUUAAGGGCGGUGGAUCUUAUUUCAUCAGGAACUUUGGACUUAUCCACAUUCCAUGAAGAUGUGGCAAAGAUGUACAGUUGGGCAAAUAUUGCCAAGAGAACAGAAAACGUAUAUCGAUCACUUGAUCUGAAUACAAUUAACCAGCCAUUGAUAGAGAGACUACAGAAAUAUUACUGUUGUGGACCAGUUGCUGGAAAGCUUUUCAUUCUUUGUGUUGUCGUUGAUAUAUUUAUAUUUACAAUUCUUGAAUGGUUCUACCCGGCAGAGAAUAUCGAUAAGGCAUCCAAAUGGCCCAGAAAUCCACGACUUGUGGAUCUGGAGAAGAGUCCUUCAAGUGUUGAUGAAACCAAUUUUUUCAAAGAUAUGUCUAACUCAUAA